AUGAUCAAAGUCAGCAAAAUCAUGAAUCAGACGAAUGCAGAACUGCUUCUCACCAAAUUCUGCACUGCUACUGCGUGGUGGAGCUCACCGAAACUGGUAGGAGAUGAGCGUGAGACAGGGAGCCUUUUAAAUGAGCAAGCCGGGAAGAGCCACUGUCUUCAGCAAGCAGUGGAGAAGGGGCGCAAUGAGGGCUUUGGGCAGGACGUGCUUUCUGCCGGCCAACGCUUCUCAGCCACGCAGCCCUACCGCUUGUGCUCGUCAGCUUCAGCUCUCGGCUUGUCUCUCUUAUCUCGGUAUCUCUCCCGAGAGGUGUGCCUCCCUUUCGAGGCGUGUUUGUUCCUCCAUACAUAUGUGCCAAUGUGGGAGCAGAAGAAGGGCCAGAACGGGCGUCCUGAUGAGCCGUGGCACUCGGCAGUGAAGUCUCCUGAGCACAAAGGUGCCUGGCAGCUCAUGCCCGUGGCAAACAGCGUGUCUAUGGGAAGGUGUCACCACCAAUGCUGUGUGCCUAUUGCUCACUGUGACCGCUACCAUGAAUACCAUACCCACAACACCGGGGGCGCCGGCGGCUACGGGCGGCACCUGCUGGGCUCCGCCGCCGCCCCGCUCGGUGACCGCCUCCUGCGCGGCGCCACCGCCGAGCGCCCGGCCGGGCCGGAGCUCCCCGCGAUGCCGGAGGCCAACGGCAUGCUGCGGGGCUGCGAGCCGGGCAAGGGGGGAGCCGGAGCCAUCGCUGCCGCCAUCAACAUCAACGCCUCGACCUCCAAGUUCCUAAUGAAUGUUAUAACAAUUGAAGACUAUAAGAGCACAUAUUGGCCAAAGUUGGACAGUGCCAUAGAUCAGCUUUUAACUCAGAGUCCUGGUGACUACAUCCCUAUCUCCUAUGAACAAAUAUACAGUUGUGUGUAUAAGUGUGUAUGCCAGCAGCAUUCGGAACAGAUGUAUAGUGACCUAAUAAAAAAGAUAACUAACCACUUAGAGAGAGUCUCAAAGGAGCUGCAGGCCAGCCCUCCAGAUCUCUAUAUUGAAAGAUUUAACAUAGCUCUUGGACAGUAUAUGGGAGCAUUGCAGAGCAUUGUGCCUCUUUUCAUAUAUAUGAAUAAAUUUUACAUAGAAACCAAGCUUAACAGAGACUUAAAAGAUGACCUUAUAAAGCUGUUUACGGAACAUGUUGCAGAAAAGCACAUUUACAACCUAAUGCCUUUACUUUUGGAAGCUCAGUCAACGCCGUUUCAAAUAACUCCUUCAACCAUGGCAAAUAUUGUGAAAGGCCUGUAUACACUACGACCAGAAUGGGUACAGAUGGCACCAGCUUUAUUUUCUAAAUUCAUCCCAAAUAUUCUGCCCCCUGCUGUGGAAUCUGAGCUUCAGGAAUAUGCUGCUCAAGACCAGAAACUUCAAAGAGAGCUUAUGCAGAAUGGAUUUGCUAGAGGUGACCAGUCACGCAAGAGAGCUGGAGAAGAGUUAACUUACAAUGGCUCGUCAGCUUGUGCAAGCUCCAGGGGGUACAGAUAGUGAACAUACUGGAUCAGCUUCUAUUCCUAGCCAGAACAGACACUGGAGGAGCACAGGUGGUAUCCGGAGCCUCCUUUGGCAACUGCUGAUGCUCGAGCUCUGACACGAACUAUGCCUCAAAAGAAGAGUUUUGGACUUUCUUCUUGAUAUAAUAAAAUGUCAGUUGCUGCUACGAUUGGGAUGACUUUGAAAGACAUGAUUCCUUGGUCUGGCCUCUCAACAAGUUCAUGUUCUGCGAUUUUUGUGAGGAAUGCACCUUGAAAAACAAUCCUUUCAAAGUGGAAAUGGGCAGCCAAAAUCAGCAGCUUCCAAAAGCGUUAGAAUGGAAGAAUCUUUUUUGCACUCUUUUCUUAAUAUUAAGGACAUUCUUAAAACUAGUUAACACGUCAGUGUAUUAGUUUUUAAACAAGGUAUUUUCUGGAGCUUUUACUUAAAUAAUAAGAAUAAAGUUUCAUUAUUUUGCA